GACUGCUGAGAAUUGUUAAAGUUCUGAUUUACCUAAGAACUUCUAGUGCAUCCAAUGAGAACUUCCUCUAUAGUCAGGAAAUCUUGCAAGUAGAAUAUUCUGAAAGGGGGAGCUGAAGAAGGAAGUAACUGACCAAAGUGAUAAAGAGGAACAUUUUUAAACCUAAGCAGUUCGCUGCAUAACUAAAAGGACAAGAGAGAGCUCAGCACACUGAUCUUGAGGUUAUCAUGCUGUAGGAGAAAAUGGGCUUAUUACUGUGGAAUUAGAGAAGAAAUGAUUAAAGAAAAGACAUAGCCCUUGCUCAUUCUGAUGAGAGAUAAGCAUAGCUUCACACAAGGGAGAUGACAGGUUUCUGGAUGGCAGAUGAUUAUUCAACCUUCUUUUCCAUGAGUUCUCUACUCUGUUACUAUCUUCCACCCAUAUCUGCUUCAUUUGUGAUUUACUGAUUUAAAAAAGGAAGUAGAAUGGAAUAAAAUUCUCUGACACAGUAACUGUACACAAAUGGUUGUAAUGUGAAUAGUAUCACCCACAAAGUCAUCUCCCAAAGCUAAAUCAAUCUCAUUUCUAGUUGUAUCAGGACUUUGCCAGAGAGCAUUCCUUCAUGUCUCAAGAAGUAAUGCCUGAAAGAGCUCCCAAACUUAGUUCUGAACAACAUUAGGCUACAGGAAUUACAACCAUCUGUACCCGUGAAUUCAUUAACCACACUAAAGCGCUGCAAAAAUGUUAAUGAGCUAUGGAUAUACUUCAGUGUCCAUCUCUGUGGGUAUUUUCCUUCUUGUACUCUUGGUGGCAUGUGGAAUUGGCUGUGUUUGGCACUGGAAAAGCCACACCACACGAUUUACCUCACUAAAGUUUUUACGAAAAAGGAACAGUAAGAGAAAAGACUAUCAUAAAGCACUCUUCUUGACUCCACACAUUUUUGGCUUGAAUCCCAAAGCCUCAGUUGAAACGAAAGACCACAGAUCUACUAAUAAGGGAUGUAGGGUGCCUGGCCACUAUGAAAAUAUGGCAGCAGAUCCUCCCAAAGCUAAAGAAGAAAGUGACAAGGAAUUAUAUGAAAAUGUUCAGCAACCCAAUUUUGAGGAGCACAUCUAUGGCAAUGAGGAAUCCUCUGAGUAUUAUAUCUUUCAGAAGCCUGGUACAUCUGAAGUUCCUCAAGAUGAAGAUAUAUACAUUCUUCCAGACUUGUAAUGGCUUUUCAAACUCCUGAGUUUCUUUGUUGAAGAAGAAAUAUUUAUUGAGAACUUUAAUAUAUUGAUAUCAUCAUUGGUCAAGUUCUUCUGAUAAAUCUCUGUGUUCUCUCCUAGCUUUAUUCCUUUCUGGAUGUAAUAUUGUAGGGUAAUUGCAGAUAUCCUCUCUCUCCUGUUUCUUUGCCUUGGAUUAAAUCUAUACUGUGUUGUAUCAAUGCUUCCUUCUAAAUACUACCUGUUAUGUCUUUCCUUUAUUUCUACUUCCACCAUCUUUUUCUGGUUCAGGAUUUUUGUUAGUCUCCUAGUGAACUUCCUACUUCUAGUUUAUACUCACUUGAUCAGUUGCCAAAGAUGCUGCAAGAUUUACUUUCAGAAAGUAUUCCUAAUAGUCACAGUACUCCUUUACUGAAAACCUUUUAAUACUCUUCUUUGCAAGAGACAUUAAUACUCAUAAUUCUAAAUACCACAACUCAUGAUUUGUCACAAUUAGCUCCAAUUUACUUUUGUAAUGACUUCUGCUACUAAUCCCUCUCUUCUGUACUUUCAUCAGAAUCAUACCAAAGUCUACAAAACUCACCCCUCCCUCCUCCAGAGCUUUGCUUUCCUGUUGUUUUUAAGUCUGCCUAAGAUCACAACUUUUUCCAUGAAUGUUCUGAAUCAUUCCCAAUCCACAUUUAACUUAUCAUUUUCUGAUACUGUGUUCAACUAUUUGGGCAUUUAAAUAUGUGUAUGUUUGCUAUGUGUUUUAUUACUUAAUGUCAUAUGACAACAUUUUAAAGUGCUAGCUAAAUAGAAUGGAUCUGCCUCCCAUUUUCAUUUUUAGCUUCAUAUCAGCUAUUAAGUACUUGUCCAAUUGGCAAGAAUUGAGUUGUACAUUUUGUUAGUGUUGAGGAAUAUCUAAUAAAUUCAUUCAUUAUUCAGCUAUGUAUGGAAUAUUUAUUGAGCAAUUUCCAUCUACUGGUUGUGCUGUGCUCAUAAGGAGGAGGAAGGAGGAUUGCUACAAAAGUAGAAAGAGGCAUGAGUCCUGAACACAUGGUCUGGUAGGAAAGAGAAAGCAAUAA